AUGGGAGAAAACAAAGCAUCAAUUGAAGCUUCAACAAAACUUGGGAAGUCGAUGCGGAAUCAAGAUGCCUCAAAAAACAGCGCUGAUGAAAGUGAAGCUGACGUUUCGGCAGAUUUCAAUGAGUCUGAAACUAAGAAGAGGACUCCUUGGAAAAAUGAAGAAAUACGAAUGGUGAAAGAAACCUUCAACAAAGAAUUAAAGCUCAAAACGAUUAUGCUUGGUAUCAUUCGUGAGAAAGUUAAAAACAGCAAACAGCUUAAUGGAAUGUCACCAAGACGAGUCUUUGAUCGACUUAGGAAAGAGUUAAAUGGAAAACAAUUAUAUGCCAUUGAAGAGGUGAGAUAUGAACUACCAAAAGAGUGUGAAAGUUUGAAUGACCGCCUCGAAAGAAUGGCACCCAAUUCCCAUGGUGAAAUAUCUUACAGUGCCAACGACGAGCAAUCUUCUCCGAGUGUCAUUUCACCAACCGAAUUUGCAAAUACUGAUCUCUUGUCAGAUUCCAAUCUUACCUUACUUUUAUAA